AUGAGUGGAUUUCGGCACGCCUUUUCUAUGACCCGGAAGGAGGUACAGGAUGCGGUACCUCCUGGGACUAUCUCUCUAUCAAUUUAUGCUCAAGAGUCUGCGGGUAGAACACAUCUCAAAAAUAAUGGCGAACUGGUUCUGUCUCCUCAACCGUCGGAAGACCCGCUCGAUCCGUUGAAUUGGCCUACAUGGCGCAAGUUUGCCGUCCUUCUUGUCAUGUCACUGUAUGCCGCCAUUGGAAACUUUACUUCUGGUUCAAUUGCCAGCGCGUUUCCCUUGUACGCCACUCCGAUGGCGUUCAAUCCGCCGGUGUCAAUUGGGAAGCUGGGCCAUCUCGUCGCGCUUUGCCCUUUCGAUACGUGCUUGGAUGCGAUGGCUAAGCUGUAUCAGGUUAAUGUUCUUAUGAUGGGUGCUGCGAAUAUCCUGUGGGUGCCGUUAGCCAAUACGUUUGGCCGACGACCCGUCAAUCUAUUCAAUAUUCUCCUUCUCAUGCUAUGCUCUGUAUGGGCCGCACGGGCUACAUCAUUUGGAAGUCUUCUUGCUGCUCGCUUUUUCAUGGGAGUUGGCGUCGCUCCAGCUGACACAAUUGCACCGAAUGUCGUAGGUGAAAUCUAUUUUGCACAUCAGAGAGGAAAGGCAAUGGGGUUUUAUACGGUCUUCAUCUGCAUAGGCCCCGUCUUGGGCGGCAUUGCCGGGGGUUACAUAGGCGGGAAUCUCGGUCUGGCAUGGAUCCAUUGGGUUAAUGUGAUUCUGUGCGGUAUUCUGUUCGUCGCCUGUUUCUUCCUUGUACCGGAGACGCUCUAUGCCCGUGAGACCGUAUCUCGACCCAUGGACCCCGGGUUCGACGAAGAUGGCAAAGGUGAGGACGGGACAAGUUCCGUCAAAAUUGAGGAUAUUACCCAGAAUCGCCGUGCGAGUGGUGUCUAUUCGGAGCUUACAUUCACCCGCUCGCUCAAGCUGUACACCUACCAUGGAAACCUACUUCAAAACUUCGUCGCACCCUGGUUGACACUGCGUCUUCCCGGGGUCUGGCUGGUGAUGUUCUGGUAUGCAGGACUCGUCGGUGGGAUUGUGACAAUCUCGACAGUGGGCCCAACGCUCGCUGCCAAGCCGCCAUAUCUAUGGGGCAACAAUGCUGGUCUCAUCCUGGUCGGCGGUAUUGUGGGAGCAUUACUCGGGGCAGUGGUCACCGCGCUCUCCGCAGAUCGCAUUGUUACUACGAAAAAGACAUUACGGGGGGAAGAAAACAUGGAGCCUGAAGCCCGUUUGCCCGUUGCGCUUCCGGGUCUAAUUCUAGCAACAACGGGCCUGUGGACCUUCGGAUUCUGUGCCCAGAGUCCAAAUUCACAUAUGUGGAUCGGGAUGCAGUUUGGUCUAGGAAUGUUGUCUUUUGGGCUCAUGCAGGCACCAUCAAUUGGUUUCAAUUAUCUUAUCGAUUCCUAUGGCAGCCUUUCAGCGGAUUGUUUUGUUGUCGUGACGUGCAUGCGAGCGAUCAUCAGCUUCUGCUGGACAUUCUUCGCGAGUCAGUGGGUAGACAGUGCUGGUCCCGCCAUUCCCUUUGGUGUCUUUGGAGGUUUGAUGGGGCUCUUCACCUUGUUCACGAUCCCACAGUGGCUGUGGGGGAAGAGGACGCGAAUUGCUACAGCGAGUUUGAUACCAAAGUGA